AUGAAGGGUUGGUUUGACGCGUUCCGCGACGAUGGAGCGCCAACACUGUACUCGUUCUCGAACCGGACGCCCGUCACCGGCGAUGUCUCGAUCGUGGCCGUUUGCGUUAUGUUCGCCACCGUCUAUCUGGCGUUUCUGGUCAUCUUUCCCGGCGUGCGGAAACAGAAAUUCACAACAUUCACCACAGUAACGUUAAGUCUAUUUGUUGGACUAGUCAUAUUGGUAAGUCGCCUCGGCUCAGGCUGGCACGUAGCGCAAUCAACGAUCGUCGCUCCGUAUCGGUCGUUUUCCCGGGAAAAGCUACCCGCCCGGAUCGGGGCACACAUCGGGUUGAUGCACAUCAACAUCACGCUGACGGCGUUGCCGGUUGGCAAUUGGACACCACCGGAUAUUGACUUCAACGAGCGGUUCAGCUGGAACCAGGCCAAUGACAUGGGCAACUCGUAUCGGGAUGCGCUGCAACGUGGACUACCGUAUCCGAUCCUAACGGUGGCCGAAUACUUCAGCCUGGGGCAGGAAGGAUUCGCUUGGGGUGGCCAGUAUCGAGCUGCGGGUUAUUACGCCAGCAUCCUGUUGUGGGCUUCGUUUGCCGCGUGGCUGCUGAUGAACCUACUUCUGGUCGCUGUUCCGCGUUAUGGUGCGUACACGAUGGCCCUCACUGGAGCCCUACUGAUAGGGGCAAGCAUCGGUUAUAGCUCGAUGUUGCCUAAACGACCACUGAUGAUCAUGAUCGAGGGUGCGCGGAUUGACUUUCAUCUUGGGUGGUGCUUCUAUCUCGUGCUCAUCGCCGGAGUAUUGUGCUUUGCGAUCGGAUUAGUCAUUUCCAUCAUUGAUCUCGUGUGGCCGCAUCGCUUUUCGACGAUUUUGGAGGUUUACUAUGACACACCGUACGAUCGGCACGUCAUUCUGGAGGAGUCCCACGACGUUAGGUAUCGCAAGCGCAACAGCAAGGGCCUGGAAGAGCCUCCAGGUCUUGGAUCUCGCAUCCUACGACGCCUGUCCUCGAAAACGCGCGAUCAACACACGGACAAGAUGGGCAUCGAAAACCGUGGCUUCCAGCACGACGUACCGAAGUCCCCGUGGCGUUAUCCAUUCCGGCGAGCUCAGCAAACGCCUCCACAAGGCAUCCAGCGGACGAUUUCGCAGGAUUCCACGUCCAGUAUCGCAUCGGCAGCGGCCAUGUCACAGUCACUGCACAAAGUAGCACUCUCGCGAAUGCUUCCGAAACCGGCGCUGGAGCGUACGCGCGAGAUUUCCAACUGGUAGAACCCGCCAGUGGCCACCUGCGUGAUGAUCUUUUGUGAUAUUUUUAAGAGUUUAGCAACCCAUUUACCACGCUCCGCCUUCGGGACACCCUCAGGGUUAGCAUUUUCUUCGAAGUGCGCUCCCUUUUUUCCAGCCGACUUCAUCAGCAGCUCCGGGCAAGUGGACACGGUCUCGAUGGAGCUACCUACCCGGAACGCCGGUUCAGUACCGGAGACUGCGGAGAGCCAUGACGAAGAAAUUUGGAGCUUUAUGGCGAGAUAUACCUGAGCAAGGAUGAGACGCAUUUGGUGUACGAUGGCGCGAGACGCGCUUCGUGCUAUCUUGAUUUUUGCUAAUCACGCUGCUAAUCGGCAGGUGGAACGGAACGCAAGGCAGAGAAGCUUUUAAGUUAUUUAUUUGUUCCUGUACCAGUGUUAGCGAUGUAGCAGUUUCACUAAUGCGUAGCACACAGCGAAACGAAACGCUUAUAGCGUCGAUGUACGUUUAUCAUUGUAAUGUAAAACCGUAUGGUUUGUAUUAGGUUUAAGGAAGAUUGUAUCCAGAGGACUUGACGAAAAAUCUGCGAUUCGAAAUGGACAAAUGGAAUAAACA